AUGAAUAACUGCACAGUAAACUUCACCACACCUGAAGCAUCUACAAACUCCACAACUCUUUCCAUCGGGCUAGUGAAAUGUCUGGAAAUUUGUAUGUACAGCAUCAGUUUCCUGGCUGGUCUUCCUACACACUUCUAUGUUAUCUGGCUCAUCAUCACAGGAACUGGAAGUGGCCUUGCAUUAGAGUUCUUCAACCUCAAUCUCUCUGUUUCUGAGAUUGGUAACUCUCUGAACUCUUUGUUCUUUCUGCUUUCAACUUGGUUUCCAAGUGUCUGGAUAUUACAAAUGUUUUUCAUAGGAUUCCCCAUCACUGGUCGUCCUCUGUUUCAGUGUCUGAUCUGUGUUGAGCGUUACCUGGCAGUGGUUCAUCCUGUAACCUUUCUGAAAUACAAACCUCUCAGAUAUAGAGUGAUCUGCUCCACUGUCAUCUGGAUAAUCACUCUUGGUUCCUGUUUGUGCUGUGUAUAUAUUUUAGUGUCAUUCAACAUUAUUGUACAUGCAUGGUUCUUCGUGUUGCAGUUCAUACUCUAUCUCUCCAUCAAAUUGUUCUGUCUUAUGGCUGUUCUUAGAGCUCUAAAGGAGUCAGGACCAGGAGAGAGAGGGAGAUUCAGAGAUGAGAAAAACCACAUGAAGAGAAGAGCAUUUUAUAUUAUUCUAGUAACUACUGUGAGCAUGGUUGUCCUGUAUGUGCCAAUUUUUAUUUCAGCAAUAUUUAUUAAUCUGACAAAACAGAAUAUUGAGGGAGUUUGGGCUCCUGCUUUGAUUUGCUAUGUGUUGGCUGGUUUUGUGCAACCUGUUCUUUAUCUGCGCCGGAAUGGAAAGCUUUCCUGCUUCUGUUCCCCAUGA